GCAAUGUAUCAUGCAACCAGGCUUCUCUGGUUACUCACUUGUUUAUACUUCCUAUCUCUAUACUAAGCUUUUCUCUUCUAUCAGGUGUUUGAGUUCCUGAAAGACAUAUCAGCAAGUUUAACUGACUUGGCCACGAAAGAACUUAAUAUGUUGAAAGAUUUGAAGAAGAAAGAAGAAGGAGAGCUUCCAUUUGGAAUUGAGGACCUACUAUAUUAUGUAAAACGGAUUGAAGAACAGAGCUACGAUUUGGAUUUUGGAGAAAUCAAGCAAUACUUUCCGAUUAGUGUGGUUCUAUCUGGGAUCUUCAAAAUUGUCCAAGAUCUAUUUGGCUUAAGGUUUGAGGAGAUUUCAGGAGAUGUUUGGCAUUCUGAUGUUCGUGUUUUUACAGUGCUGGACUUGGGUUCUAGCGAACUCUUAGGUUAUUGUUACCUUGAUUUGUUCGCAAGGGAAGGAAAAUAUGGUCAUACUUGUGUGUUGGCUCUCCAGAACAGCGCAUUAACAAUCAGUGGGGCAAAACAGGUUUUUUUUUUUUUUUUUGUGAAUUAAAGUUAAAGUUUAUAAUUAUUCUGAUUGUGAGCACCUUUUCCUAUGUAGUUGGGUAGGCUUUGGAAGUUUCUUUUCUUAUCCAUGUAAAGGACCGUUUUUAUCUCUGUUUUGGUGCAUGUGUCGGUUCUUAUAUUCAGUUUAAUAUGUUUUUUUUAAGAAGUUGACUCUUCGUAAUUAUCAGAUAGAGCGAUUUGCUUAAAAGUAAA